AUGUCAUCAGUAAAGUCAUUGACCUCAACAUUUGAGACUGCUCAAUCACCAACAGCAGUUAACAAGAGAGCACAUAACUCAGUUCCAACUGGAAGCGUUGGUGGAGGCGAGAGCAGUGUGGACACAGAGUCUAUUCUCGGAAAGAACAGACAGUCAGUACGUCUGGACAACUUUUUGAAGAAUGAGGUCAUUCCUCGCGGUGGAAUGCCAGGCGCCGUGCACAAGUCAGCCGUCAACAAGCCACCACCCAACGAGUUGGACAACAAGGCAAAGGAGUUGCCAAAGUUCGAUGGCAAGCCACACCCAGUCUACCAGUUGAUGUUCCAGGGCAAGCAACACGAGUCCUCCACCACAAAGAAGAAGAUCGUCAUCCCACCAUCAAGCGCCUACUAA